AUGUCCUACCCGCAGGGCUACCUGUACCAGGCGCCCGGCUCGCUGGCGCUCUACUCGUGCCCGGCCUACGGCGCGUCGGCGCUGGCGGCGCCGCGCAGCGAGGAGCUGGCGCGCUCGGCGUCGGGCUCGGCGUUCAGCCCGUACCCGGGCUCGGCGGCCUUCACGGCGCAGGCGGCCACCGGCUUCGGCAGCCCGCUGCAGUACUCGGCCGACGCCGCGGCCGGCUUCCCGUCCUACAUGGGCGCGCCCUACGACGCUCACACGACCGGGAUGACGGGCGCCAUCAGCUACCACCCGUAUGGCAGCGCGGCCUACCCGUACCAGCUCAACGACCCCGCGUACCGCAAGAACGCCACGAGGGACGCCACGGCCACGCUCAAGGCCUGGCUCAACGAGCACCGCAAGAACCCCUACCCCACCAAGGGCGAGAAGAUCAUGCUGGCCAUCAUCACCAAGAUGACGCUCACGCAGGUCUCCACCUGGUUCGCCAACGCGCGCCGGCGCCUCAAGAAGGAGAACAAGGUGACGUGGGCCCCGAGAAACAAAAGCGAGGAUGAGGACGAAGACGACGGGGACGCGGCGAGGAGCAAGGCCGAGAGUCCCGACAAGGCCCCGGAGGGCACCGAGACCUCGGCGGAGGACGAAGGGAUCAGCCUGCACGUCGACUCGCUCACGGACCACUCGUGCUCGGCCGAGUCGGACGGAGAGAAGCUGCCGUGCCGCGCCGGGGACCCCCUGUGUGAAUCGGGCUCAGAAUGCAAGGACAAGUACGAUGACCUGGAGGACGACGAAGACGAUGAGGAGGAGGCCGAGCGGGGCCUGGCGCCACCCAAGCCUGUGACCUCGUCGCCGCUCACCGGCGUGGAGGCGCCUCUGCUGAGCCCCCCGCCCGAGGCCGCGCCCCGCGGUGGCGGCGGCGGCGGCAAGACACCCCUGGGCAGCCGGACGUCGCCAGGUGGGCCGCCGCCCGCCAACAAGCCCAAGCUGUGGUCGCUGGCCGAGAUCGCCACGUCGGACCUCAAGCAGCCGAGCCUGGGCCCGGGCUGCGGGCCGCAGGGGCUGCCCGCGGCCGCCGCGCCUGCCUCCGCGGGGGCCCCGCCGGGCGGCUCGCCCUACCCCGCCUCGCCGCUGCUCGGCCGCCACCUCUACUACACGUCGCCCUUCUACGGCAACUACACAAACUACGGGAACUUGAACGCGGCGCUGCAGGGCCAGGGACUCCUGCGGUACAACUCGGCGGCCGCCGCCCCCGGCGACGCGCUGCACGCGGCGCCCAAAGCGGCCAGCGACGCGGGCAAGGCGGGGGCGCACCCGCUCGAGCCCCACUACCGGCCCCCCGGCGGCGGCUACGAUCCCAAGAAAGAUGCCGGCGAGGGCUGCACCGUGGUUGGCGGGGGCGUCCAGCCCUAUCUAUAGAAGGGCCGAGCCCAGCAGCGCAAGUAAGUGGCACCCGUGCUUCCCGACCGGCUCCCGGCGCUUGAUGCGUUUUUCUUGCUGCUUGUCAUGCGCUGGACGAUAGAGUAUCGCAGUCUUCUCUGGUUUUUUUUCUUUUAGAGGGGAGAGUAUUUCUGUUUUAUAGAUUUCCUCUUUUUCACUCAAGUUCUGCUUUGGAGAAUUACUCCUUUAAGUGAAACAUACAUAUUAUACUGCUACUGUUGUUUUUGCUUUGAAAAAAAUAGAUUGUUAAAAUCUGGGCGUUUGCAUGCGAUGUAGAACCAUUUUUACCACGGUAGAUAUGUAGUAGACAUUUGCUGCCAUAUCCUGAAACUUCGGAUAUCAAAAACCUUUAUAGAUGAUGUUUGCAGAGUAACACAAGAAGCCCUAGACUUUCAUCACGCCCCCCUCCCCCGCGCCCCCCAUCCAAAUGGACUAGACAGGACCCUGCAGCUUUGGCUCACAGCAGAAUCUCAAAAGUACGUUACUUUACAACUAGGCAAAAUUCUUAAUCGCAGAUCUUGAAGAUGGGAAAGAGGCAGAACCAUUUCAGAUGGACUCAUUUUUAUAGUGUGAUGGUGUUGGUGUAGAAAUGAAGGAUUUGGGAUGAUUUGGUUUUUUCCUUGGUCCACAGGUAGGUGUCACAAUUGCUUUGGAAAAUAAAUAAAUAAAUAAAAAACUCAGCAGGCCAUUCUCCCUUCCCAAGCUCAUAAAUACACAGAUACAAAAACAGAUUUCUAAAUCCGGACCACAUCUCGUGCCACUGUAAAAGAGAAGGACCCACACAGCACUGUCAACCCACAGACUAAGGACUGGAACAGACUGUUGUUGGACAUAUGUGAAUUUGUUGGCAUAGUGAUAGCUUCCUUGAUGUAUGUGUGACUUUUGAAAACAAUCUGUUUUUUCUCAGGAUAUCUUGAAUUGAUCACUUCAUUGCCACGGUAUAUAUUCUAUAGGUGUGAUAGGAUUUACUGUAAAAUUUAUUUGUAAAAGAUGUACACAGUAGAAAUAAAACGUGAUUGAAGAACUUGAGUACUUC